AUGCAGUAUAUCAAUUUGGUCAAUACACUUUUGGAUGUUCCUACAAACGAAUAUCCAAAAAGGAGAUUUCUUUUAACUAAACUUCUUGGUUCUGGUGCGGAAGGAGGAGCCUUUCUUGCUUCCGCCUCUGAUUGGGGCAAUAAUCCUUAAUAAGUAGUAAUUAAAAUACAAAAUAACAUGAAACCUAAUGAAAAAUAAUUUCUUAGUAGUUUAUUAGAGUACUAAAAUUUAUAUGAAAAUGGAAAUAAUUAAUAAUAUCUUCCUACUUAUUUAAUCAGAAUAUAUGGAUAUUUUUAAUGGUAAUAAAAUCAUUGCAUUGUUAUGGAAGUUGGACAAGAAGAUUUAUAUAGUUUCAUAAAUAAAAGUAGGAAUGUAUCAAUAUAAGAAAAAGAACAAAUUUGUUUUUAGGUAAAUAUUUUAAUAAAUAUAAUUAUAGAUUCUUUAACCAAUACGAUUUCUACAUAAAUAUUAGUUAAUCCAUCGAGAUAUUAAACCAGAAAAUUAUAUUAAAGUAGGAAAUGUUUUUAAACUUAUUGACUUUGGUUUAAUUAGGAGUUCGUUAUCUGAUACAAUAACUUAAUAAGUUGGUAGUACAAUAUUUCAAGCACCAGAAAUUAUAGAAGGUAGAAGUGAUUAUACAGAUAAAGUUGAUAUCUGGUCAUUAGGAUGUGUUUUUUAUGAAAUAUUAGCAACUUAAACUUUGAUUGAUGGUAUAAAUAAAUUUAUUAUCUUAGGAUAAACUCGUUCAGAAGUAAUUAAAAAUAUUAAAAAUCUUAAAAAUUACCCAAUUCCUGUUAAUUAUAAAAUCAAUUAAUUAUAAAUUUCAUAAUAAUUUAAAACCAUUUUAACUUCAAUGCUAAUUUAUGAUGAAAAGAAAAGGCCAUCAAUAUAAUAAGUUUAUGAUUAAUUCAAAAGUUACUUAAAUCCAUAAUAAAAAGUAAUUCCAUAAAUUAUACCCAAACCAGAUAUUCCAUAACAAUAAUAACAAUAAGAAAAUAAUUAACAACAAUAAAUUAAGCUUCAAAAUACAAAUUGUGCUAAUAAAUCUGAAAAUAAUAGUUCUGAAUAAUAAAAUUAAAUUAUCCAAAAUAAAGAACUUAAUUAAAAUUAAUAAUAACCAAAGAUUGAUGAUGUAAUCAAAAAAGACUAGAUUAAAUCAGAAGAAUUUAAUAAAUCCUAAUUAAUUUAGAUAUAAAAAAUUGUUGAUAGCAUGGUAGAAUCAAAACUUAAGGAAACUUAAAAUUAAUUAAUAUAAAGAGAAUAAGAAAUUAAAUAGUUAAAUUAGAAAAUAUCAGAUAUAACUAAUGUUAUGAAUAAAAAACAAUAAGAGGAAUAAGUAAAUUAGAAUAAAAUAAAUCAAUAUAAUUAAAAUAAAUUUAAAGAAAUCGAAUCUUAAGUAUAAUAAAUAUAAUAGUAAAAGUCUAAUAAUGAAAAAUAUAAUUAAGAUGAGAAAUUCUAAUAAUUUCAGUCAGAAAUAAUGAUAGUAUAGUAAUAAUUAAAAUAAAUAUAAGAAUAAUAACAAUCAUUGUAGAAUAUAGAAUAAUAAAGCCAAUAAAAAAAAUAAGAAAUAAUUCAAGAAAAUAAUAAGUUUUUUAAAGAAUAAGAAGUUAAACUUUAAGAAUUCUUAAACAAAAAAAUUAAAGAAUAAAAUUAAUAAUUGACUAUAAAAUUGGAUGAAAUAUAAAAAGAAUUUAACAAUUUUAAGGAUUAAUAAAUGCAAAUAAAUAUUCGAUGUUUGAAUAUUGAAUAUGAUAAUUAAAAAAAAUAAUAAGAAAUAUAAAAUAUCACUGUUUAAUGUGAAGGAAUUAAUUAGACUAUAGAUGAAAUUAAAAUUUAAUAGGAAAAACUAUAAAAUUCAUUGGUGAAAGAAACAUAGUUAAAUUUAUCAAAUUAAAAUAGAAUUGAUGAGUAAGGUAAAUAGAUAAGUGACAUUUAGAAUAAAUUAUAUAUUUUAACUAAUAAAAAUGAAGACUUUGAUUAAGAAUAAUAAUAAUAAGUUAAUAAUGAUUAAAGUGAAAAUCAAUCUAAUCAAAAUGAAGACUUUAAUUAAGGAUAAUAAUAAUAAGGUAUUAAUAAUCCAAACAAUAAUCAAAAUAAUCUAAAUAAAAGCAAUAAUUAAGGAUAGUAAUAGUAAGAUAUUAAUGACCAAAACUAUAAUCAAACUAAUCCAAAUAAAAGCAAUAAUUAAGUAUAAUAAUAUUAGUAAAGUAUUGAUAAUCAAGGAUAAUAAGAUAUUAAUAACCAAGGCUAAAAUCAAACUAAUCCAAAUAAAAGCAAUAAUUAAAUAUAAUAAUAUUAGUAAAGUAUUGAUAAUCAAGGAUAAUAUGAUAUUAAUAACCAAAACUAUAAUCAAACUAAUCCAAAUAAAAGCAUUAAUUAAGUAUAAUAAUAUUAGUAAAGUAUUGAUAAUCAAGGAUAAUAAGAUAUUAAUAACCAAAGCUAAAAUUAAACUAAUCCAAAUAAAAGCAAUAAUUAAAUAUAAUAAUAUUAGUAAAGUAUUGAUAAUCAAGGAUAAUAAAAUAUUAAUAACCAAAACUAUAAUCAAACUAAUCCAAAUAAAAUUAUUAAUUAAGAAGAAGCUAACAACCUUAUUUUAAAUAAUGAUACUUAAAAUAUCUAAAAUGAAGUAAAUUAAUAAAAUGAUAGUUUGAGAUUAUUACUUCAUUAAAAAGAUAACUAAAUCAAAUAAUAUAUGUAAGAAAAACAAUAAGUUAUGCAAUUAUUCAAAUAAUACACAAUAAUAUUGGUCUAAGAUUUAAAAGAUAAAUUAAUAAAUUAAGUUAUGAUUAAUGAACAAAAUAUAAAUAAUUAAUUAAAUUCUCAAUAAUAAACUUAAGAUUAAGAAUUAUCAAAAUCUUAACAAUAAUUAAGUGAUUAAUUAUCAAAUAAUUAAGUAUGCAACAAUUAAAUAAAUGAAGUAUAAAUUAAUGAAUCUUCUGUAGACAAUCCUUAGUUAAAUAUAUUAUCAACACAGGAGUACAACAAUCUCUUUGAAAAUUUAAAAACUGAAUUAUAGUAAAUUUUAUUAGUUUAAGAAAAUAGAAAUAAUAAUAAGUUAAAGGAAAUUACUGAAUAACACUUGAAUCAAAUUGAAUAUAUAACAUAAGUCUUUUAAAAAGAAAAAGAAGAAUAAAUUCAUUUAAAUAGACAAAUUGAAAAUAGUAAUCAAGAUUUAAAAAAAUAAUUAGAAUAAUUAAUUGAAAGUCUUAAUUAAUAAAAAUCAUAAUCUUAAGAAUUGUAAUAAAAUAGUUAAAAAGAAUUGAAUGAUUUGAAAUAAGAUUUAGUAGUGUGUUAAUAGACAAGUUAAGCAGAGAAAGAAAGACAAAGUAAGGAAAUUAAUGAAUUGAAUGAAAAAAUAAAAAAGCAUGAAGAAGAUAACAAGAUUCAAAAUGAAAAAAUAAAAAAGUAUGAAGAAGAUAACAAGAUUCAAAAUGAAAUAAUAAAAAAGUAUGAAGAAGAUAACAAGAUUCAAAAUGAAAAAAUUAAAAAGUAUGAAGAAGAGAUCAAGAUUCAAAAUGAAAAAAUAAAAAAAUCUGAAGAAGAGAUUAAGAUUCAAAAUGAAAUAAUAAAAAAGUAUGAAGAAUAUAACAAAAUUAAAAAUGAAAAAAUAAAAGAGCUUGAAGAAUAGAAUUUAAAUAAAAAUUAAGAAUUACAAAAAAUAAAUUAAGAAAAUUAACAAUUUAAAGACAAUCUAAAUUAAGCAAUAUAACCUUAAAACCAAGUGAACGCCUUAAUUGAAUUCUUUAAAUAGAAGUAGAAUUUAGAUGGUUUUAUAGAAAACAAUAGUGAAAAAUAUAUGGAAUUGGUUAAUCUGUUAAGUGGAAGUAAUUGA